CGCGCCUGAGCUGGAGGCGGAAGCGAAAGCGAGGCCGAGGAGCGAGUGAGAGCGGCCGCCCUACGGCCCCGAUUCGGGACAGAGACACCGCCCCCCCCCCCCGCGCAGGGACCUUGGGGAGGGCACCAGGCCCACGAGAGACGCCCCCUCCCCUUAGGCCAGGGUGUCACUCAGCACCCCCGCCCCCCCCGGCGGGAGAGGCUGAUCUGUGCCCCCGGGAGCGCUCGCGUGGGGCGCCCCCUGGCAGCCAUGCGGGCGGGCUGGGGCGGGCGGUGGCGGCGCCUGGAUGCCGCGCUGUGCCUGCCCCUGUGUGUGACCCUGGCCCUGAUGGGGGCCGUGUGCACAGAGGUGUUCUGCCUGCUCCUCUGGGCUGCGGAGCCCACCCAGCUGGCCCUGCACCUGCCCCUCCUGCUCUUCCUCCUGGCCAACGUGCUGGGCAACAUGGGCCUCUUCGUCACCACCAGCCCAAGCAUCAAAGGUGUCAUGCUGUCCGAAGGCGCCGUGGGACAGGGCUGGGAGUACUGCUACACCUGCCAGUCCCACAUGCCUCCCCGCUGUCACCACUGCUACACCUGCAAUGUGUGCGUGCUGCGCCGGGACCACCACUGUGUGCUGCUGGGCCAGUGUGUGGGGUACCAUAACUACCGUUACUUCCUGUGCCUCCUGCUGCACGGCUGGGUGGCCCUGCUGUACGCCAGCCUGCUCAACGCUGACAACUUCAUGGCCCUGCUGCAUGAGGGAGUCACCCUGCACAGCAUCGUCCUCCUCCUCAUGCCAUGGCUCAUGCUGCUGACGGGCCAGGUGAGCACGUCAACUUUUGUCUACGCUUUCAUGGCUGACACCUGUGUGGUCAGUUUCCUCUUCUGCUCCGGCUUCCUGUUCUUACACGUGCUGUUGAUCCUGCAUGGCCAGACGACCAGGGAGUGGCUUGGGGAGAGCCGUUGCUAUGACCUGGGCUGGCGUCGCAACCUGCAGGAGGCAUUGGGGGACAGGUGGCACCUCGUCUGGCUGUGCCCACUCCUGGCCUCCCCCCUUCCUGGGAAUGGUGUGGCCUUCGAGAGCAGAGCUCCCCACACUGAGCCCUCUGCCAAGCCAGUCAUUUUCUGAAGGGUUACUGGCCUGGUGGAUAAAGGGUAAGCAGUGGACAUGAUGUCUGGACUUUAGUAAAGCUUUUGACACAGUCCCACCGGAUAUUUUCAUAAGUAAACUAAGGAAAUGUCAUCUAGAUGAAAUUGCUAUAAAGUGGCUGCGCAACUGGUUGAAAGACCA